AUGGGAAUGAGGCGAGGGCAUUUGUGCAGAAUAGGUGGUGUGGCCGAGGAAUUUUAUCUCCAAAGAGUGCCCCCUGAAAUAAGCAUUCAUAAUUAUGUCAUUCAUCGCGAAGUUAGAGAAAGUUGGGUUUGUGACUUCGGGAAAGCAAGAAGCACGGGAGUGAGAACCUUGGCCUUUGUUACUCUUUCUUUAACUCUUGGCCAUGGUUUUUCUAAUGAGAACAGUGGUUAUCACCAGGACUGUGACACUUGGCGCCUCAGGCCCCAGAUCCUUUUCUGUUCCUCACCCCCACAGGAGCCUGUGCAGACGUAUUUGACAUUCACAGAUGUCGCAGCCCCUUUGAGGGCACCGGUCGGGCCAGCCCGGGUUGCUUUACAAUUUCAUCAGCCAUUCGAAAAGACCCGCACAUGUAGCUAA